CCUCGGAGGGACUGAAGACUUCUCUAACUUUGCACCGGAAACUGAGAGAUUCUCUUUCUCACACUGACAAGAUGUAAAGGAGAGGAUGCUGCAACAUCAGUCCCAGUGGACUGUCGAUGAACUUCAGAAUCACCUGUAUAAUCAGCAGUGACGCCAUGGAGACAGACUCCGCUCAUAACCUGACUUCACCCGAUGUGUCAUUGCUGCAGCAUAAUAUGACGAAUUCAUGUGACUACAUGUCUUCCUCAACUUCGCAGUACCAGAAGAAAGUGAUCCCCGCCUUCUACAGCCUCAUCUUCUUACUGGGUUUUUUUGGUAACAUGCUGGUGUUGUGCGUGCUAUAUCACAGUUCAGGCCGAAGAACCGUAGCCAACACGUAUCUGAUGAAUCUAGCCAUGUCGGACUUGCUGUUCCUGAGCUCUUUGCCAUUCUGGGCUGUGUAUUAUUCGCUGGAUUACAACUGGGUUUUUGGGAAGAUUAUGUGUAAGCUGUGUGGGGGUUUGGUCACUAUAAACGUCUACGCUAGUAUCUUUUUCAUCACCUGUAUGAGUGUGGAUCGAUAUCACGCCAUUGUCUACCCCCUGCACUCUCAGAGCAGUAGGAGCAUCAACCGGGCCAGAUGCGUCAGCGCCAUCAUUUGGGUCGUUGCGGCUCUGACCACGCUGCCAACAGUUGUGUUCCGUGACAUACACACUCUUCCCAGUUACAACGUCACGGCUUGUGUCAUUUAUUACCCCAGCUCCAUCUGGCAAACUGGGUUAACUCUUGCAAAGAACAUCCUUGGAUUCUUCUUGCCGUUUGUUGUCAUAGCUACUUGCUACAGCCUAAUAGCCGUGCACCUUUUGGCCACCCCGAACCACCUGGAGCAAGACUCUGGCCGAUUGGUCCACGUGUUGCGUUUGGUGGCUGCCGUGGUAUUGGCGUUUUUCUUUUGCUGGUUCCCAUUCCACGUGCUGGCGUUUCUCGGAGCUCUGGUAGAGCUGGGGGUGGAGUGGGAUUGUUGGAUGCUCCAAGUAAUGCAUAAACUCCUGCCAUUCUUCCUCUGCCUCGGCUUUUCCAACUCUGCCAUAAACCCUUUCCUGUACUGUUUUGUGGGAAAUCACUUCCGGGAGAAGCUGUGGCAGCUUUACGGGGGUAUGCUGACACAGAAAAGAGAUUCUAUCAGCACAAGACUGUCUUCCUUCUCCAGGAAACUGAGUGACUUCAAAGAGACCGUGCCUAUGGAGAUUCUUGAGCAGCAGAGCAGCCCAUAGUGAAAUCUCGUGAAGCUGUAACCUUUACAUGCUAUCAUUACAAACUACUGAGGACCAUGGCCCUGUACCAAAUGGCACACUUCAUAUCAUGAGCACCCCCUUUGUGGUCGAUAUGCGCCCUCGAUGAGCACUUUUGCCAAGCCCACACUGAAGCGGGCUCCGCAGCAAACUUCUUCCCAACAGUCAAAGCGGCGUUACGUCACGAAAGUUUUUAGGGUGCCAUUUGGGACAGGGCCUAUGUCAACAGUCAGCAUCAGUCAAGUCUAUUUCCAUGGCCUGCCACUUGUUCAGGAUAAUCAGUUCAGAUGAUAUUGGUGGUUGAUUACCUUAUUUCUAAUUAUGCAGGGGUUGUGAUUAGCCCCACCAUCUACAAAUAACAUUUGGUUACAUAAUAAAAUGUAAAAAUAUAGCCCAAAUUUUAUUCUUGUGUUGUUCAGACUCUAUCCAGGAUGAGGAACUUCCUGAUUUUUCUGCACAAAUCAUAGAUGAUAAAAAAUGUUUUUGA